UGGAAAGUCUGUGCAGCCUCCUUCCCUCCCCUCCCUCUGGUCGCCUAGCAGUUUCUGAACCUUCAAGGAAAUCUUAGAAAGACUCAGUGGGUACAAGAUGGCUUCCCAGCAGCUCUGUUUGAGGGUUAUUGCGUUGGCUGCAUUGCUGACACUUACAACUCUCGGAGACGUGUCCAGCGAGAACCGCCUUCAGAAGAUCUUGGUGAAAAGAAACGUGGCAGAAGCUGAACGUGCUCCAUCCAAGUCUUCGGUUGCCAUCCCUUCGUCUAAGGCCCAAGAGUUCCUGGCCAAGCUGAGCAGAACAAAGAGGAACGUCUGGGAUCGCAGCAGGCCAGACGUCCAGCAGUGGAUUAUGCAGUUUAUGCAAAUGGGAUUUGAUGAACAGAGGCUGGAGGCCGACCUGCAGUACUGGAAGGACCACGCCCGCUCCCACGACCAGGGUCGACAGCAUCACUACGAUGAAAACGCCCCCAUCGGGCCGAGGUCUUCUUACAGGCACGGGGCAAAUGUCAACUACGACUACUAUUAACACCGCCCACACACACGAUGGCUUUGAUGGCUGCCAACAUUUUCACAGGAGUCCUGCCAACUUAUUUUGAUUGCAUCCGUCAGUAAAUCCCUGCAAGUGCUUCUGUAUUCCUACAAUAAAUGAAACUGUUUGGCCUCCAGUUUGGAGCACAGGCUUUCAGUAGAAAUAAAGACGAGGUUUGUACUGUC